AUGGGUAACAGCCCUUCGACCUCAAAGCCGGCGACUCCCGUCCCCGGGUCAAGCCACGACGGCCACCGCCCGCCCAAGCGAGACACCAAGCACCCAAUCCAUGUGCACCACCACCGCUCCGCCGCCCCGCCAGAGCAGUCUCUAGCCCAGGCCACGGGCUCGACCGUCACAUCAGCCUCCUCUUCGGUCUCGUCCAAGCACAAGACGCUCCCUCUCCAGCCCGCCCUGGGCUCCUCCCCCGCCUCCGGCACCCAGAACAACGGCAACGCCGCUGCCAAGCAGCAGCAGCCCAAGACGGCGCCCAUAGACACGGCGCCCAGCAAGCCCGUCGCGGUGCCCAACCCGCACGGGCAGUCAUCGCACCAGGCGUCGGCGGCGCAGUCCGAGGAGGCGGCCGCGGCCGCGGCGUACGUCGAGAGCAUGGACGCGGCGGGCAUGAUGCCGCACAACAGCAUGCAGGACAUGUCGUACCUGUCCCGGCCGCCGCGCAUGCCGCUGCCCAUCGAGGAGGAGAUCCACACGCCCGGGUCCCCCAUCAUCGCCGCCACCGACAUCGGCCCGCCCCUCGAGGACGACGAGGCCAUCCACAACCUGGACGCCGCCGACCUGACGCGCAAGUCGUCGGCGCUCAGCACCACCACGGUCGACGAGGAGGACGCCGAGGAGCUCCGCGUGGACAAGUCUAGGCCGACUGUCCCGACGAGGCUCGAGUGGCUGCGCGGAGGCGACAAGGUCUACGUGACCGGCACCAUCUUCCAAUGGAACCGCAAGCAAAGGCUCCAUCCAGUCAAUGGUCGACCCGGCGCUUUCGCGGGCACAGUUAACGUGCUACCCGGAACGCACCACAUUAGGUUUUUGGUCGACGGCCAGAUGCAGACCUCGCCCGAUUUGCCCACCACCGUCGACUUUGGCAACAACCUCGUCAACUACAUCGAGGUCAGCCCGGAUGAUGUGCCAGGCGUCACGGCUGAUGCCGCGGCUGCUACGCCCACUGACGAGAAGGCCGGCCUCACAAAGCCGGAACCUUCACAGGAAGAUGAAAAGACAAGGGCACCCAAGAACAAGCCCAUCACGCCGAUCUCUGAGUUUUCUCAUCACAUCCCAAAGUACCUUGUCGACUUCGACCAGCCCGAAGACUCGCCGCAGUAUCAGAGUGCUGUAGGUGCCAUCGAGAAGCUUCCACCGCCUCCGAGUCUUCCUGGGUUCCUCGGCAAGCCUAUCCUGAACGCUGCUGUCCUGAUCAAAGACGACAACAGCGUCUUGAACAUGCCGAAUCAUACGGUUCUCAACCAUCUGGCAACCAGCAGCAUCAAGAACAACACUCUUGCUGUCUCUGUAACAACCCGUUAUAAGAAUAAGUACGUCACUACCAUCAUCCACAAGCCGACGGAUGCCCCUCACUAG